UUCCCAGGUCGACCGGGAUUCUCGGGCGGAAGUGGACGGACAGGCCGUCCUGAGAGGCUGAGUCGGGGUCCCGGAAUCUGCACUGUGGAGCCUGCCGUGGGCACGCGCCCAACUCCUCCACGUACUGCGUCGGGUCGCCAUGAAGGACUCGCUGGUGCUGCUGGGCCGUGUCCCGGCGCACCCCGACUCGCGCUGCUGGUUCCUGGCAUGGAACCCCACGGGAACCCUGCUAGCCUCGUGCGGGGGUGACCGUAAAGUCCGCAUUUGGGGCACCGAGGGUGGCAACUGGAUCUGCAAAUCUGUCCUUUCUGAAGGCCACCAGCGCACUGUGCGGAAGGUGGCCUGGUCUCCCUGCGGCAAUUACCUGGCCUCUGCCAGCUUUGAUGCUACCACUUGUAUUUGGAAGAAGAAUCAGGAUGACUUUGAGUGUGUGACCACUCUGGAAGGCCAUGAAAAUGAGGUCAAGUCAGUGGCCUGGGCCCCAUCUGGCAACCUCCUUGCUACCUGCAGCCGAGAUAAGAGUGUGUGGGUCUGGGAAGGUCAGCUUGUGGCUCCUUUCUGUUUUCUUCCCACAGUUGAUGAAGAAGACGAGUAUGAAUGUGUCAGUGUCCUCAAUUCCCAUACGCAGGAUGUCAAGCAUGUGGUCUGGCACCCAAGCCAGGAGCUCUUAGCCUCUGCCAGCUAUGAUGACACGGUGAAGCUAUACCGGGAGGAAGAGGAUGACUGGGUAUGCUGUGCCACCCUUGAGGGUCAUGAAUCCACAGUGUGGAGCUUGGCUUUUGACCCCAGUGGCCAACGUCUGGCGUCUUGCAGUGAUGACCGUACCGUGCGCAUCUGGCGCCAGUACCUGCCAGGCAAUGAGCAAGGGGUGGCGUGCAGCGGCUCUGACCCCAGCUGGAAAUGUAUCUGCACUUUGUCAGGCUUCCACUCCAGGACCAUCUACGACAUUGCUUGGUGUUCGCUGACAGGGGCCCUGGCUACAGCUUGUGGGGACGAUGCCAUCCGAGUGUUUGAGGAGGACCCUGGCUCCGAUCCACAGCAGCCCACCUUCUCUCUGACAGCGCACUUGCCUCAGGCCCACUCCCAGGAUGUCAACUGUGUAGCCUGGAACCCCAAGGAGCACGGGCUUCUGGCCUCCUGCAGCGAUGAUGGGGAGGUGGCCUUCUGGAAGUAUCAGCGGCUUGAAGGCCUCUGAGCCAUCUUGACUUUGGACAGAAUCAUGGUUCCCCCCAAAAUGUCCUAAGACUUUCCUAGCCCGAAAAGACCUGGAAGAGCAGCCCUGCCUGCCUUUAGCGUGGCUCUCCCGUUCAGACCUGGGUAGACGUGUGGAGCCAUGGACCUCUCCUCCCCAUGUUGGCGCGGGCCCUCGGUGAAGAACUGCGGAAGAAGAGUUCCUUGUCCUUAUGCCACCGACUUUGCUUCCAGUCAGGACGCAGUGCUAAAGUUUGUGGGGUGAAUGUACUACUAAUAAUCACCAUGUUUAUAUAUCGGA